GGGGGUGGGUGUGCUCACCCUGGCACACCGGGCCUGGAGCAGGGGCGCACCAGCACCUCGGCCCAGGACGAGAUCCACCCACUAGAGAUUCUGCAAGCGCAGAUCCAGCUCCAGCGGCAGCAGUUCAGCAUCUCUGAGGACAAGCCCCUGGGCCUGAAGAACAAAAAGGCCGAGUACCCCAGCCAGAACAGGGAUGCCGACUUGAACAGUUGUUGCUCGGAAACCAGCAAAGGGGCCAUGAGCACGAUAGACUUGGACUCGCUGAUGGCAGAGCAUAACUCCACCUGGUACAUGCCCAGCGAGAAGGUCUUGAUGGAGGGGCAAGAGGAGGACAAACCUCUGGCACCGUGGGAGAA